AUGUCGAAGAGGACUUCACUCAACGCGAAGUACCCCCAUGCCCUGCCAGUGCAUCCAAUAGCGCUGCCUGAGCUUAUCCUUCACAACCCCAUCUCGUGGAUUUGGUUUACAAUUUGUUAUAUCAAGUCCUUCCCUACCGUGUCGCGGACUGUUGUGCAGUUCAAGGAUGGUUGCUUCGCAGUUGAUUCUCCUGAAGAGAUGAUGACACUGUGGAACGAAGGAUUCUUCGGAAAGGGUACGAUGAGUAGAUCAGAGCCGACCUGGUAUGAUCGUACGCAGAAGAGAUUGGGUCUUGGUGAGUUUAAGAACCUCACCAUUGAGGAAAUCACCAUCCUUAGAAGAGAGGAGAGAAAGAAGUUCAAAAGGGAAAGAGCACAACUCGAAAAGAAACAGAAGGAGCUGAAAAGUAUGGGCAUUGUAGAUCCCUUCAUCGAAGAGAGACUAAAGUUGAAGGAACUAAGGGAUAAGGACAUUACAAUCCCCCUGGAACGUGAAACUUUUAUAAGACCUGAGGACGAUGUUCUGGUGGUCAAGGGCCAUCUAAUAAAUAUCGAACAGCUUCAACUUCAACCCUGUGAGGUGAUGUUUCUCGAGUUUGCACUGCAGUCAGUGACUGUUGUAACUGAUGGAGUUGCACUCUCUUCAAAUCAGCUUCUUGAAGUGCUCUGGCCCACCAAGUCAGCUGACGACUCUUUCAUAGUGAAAUACGUCGUCUACCACUAUUACAGAAGUCUUGGAUGGUGUGUGCGUUCUGCCAUAAAGUUUGGAACGGAUUUUCUUCUUUACAAUAGAGGUCCACCUUUCCAUCACGCUGAGUUUGCACUUCAUGUUGUGCCAAACUAUAACGACACUCAAAAGAACACUGCUACAGCCCAAGACUUCACUAUGUUAUCUGGAUUGAACAGAGUUAUUGCUGGAGUGAGGAAAAACCUCGUGUUGGUAUUUGUGGAUAUCCCAACUCAGGAAGAGAUUGAUAAAGCUGGUAGCUUCCAAGAUAUCUUGAGCUUGUACUCAAUUUCAGAGGUUUUGCUUAGACGUUGGGUUCCUAAUCGAAACAGAGAUUAA